AUGGGUGUCCAGAAAAAGACCAGAAAGUUUGCCGAAGUCAAGCGAGUUAUUGGCAAGAACGAUGUCCGACGCAAGGAGAACUUGAAGAAGGCCGAAGAGGCCGUCGAAAAGGCCAAGCGUGAGCGCGCCGGUCCCGACGGAAACGAGAGGAUUCGUGAAGUUCCUCAAAUGCCAUCAUCUUUCUUCUUCCAGGCCAACAGCGCCCUCGUCCCUCCGUACAGUGUCAUCGUGGACACUUCAUUCUGGAGUAGGACUAUUCAAAUGAAACUGGAACCUCUCGAGACCAUGAUGGACUGUCUCUAUGCAACAUGCCAACCCAUCGUUACCGACUGCGUCAUGGCUGAGUUGGAGAAGUUGGGACCCAAAUUCCGCCUCCCGCUGAGAAUAGCCAAGGACGAAAGAUGGGAACGUCACAAGUGCACUCACAAGGGUGUAUACGCCGAUGACUGCAUUGUAUCGAAAGUAUCGAAAGACCGAGUCUACAUUGUCGCGACCAACGACGCCGGCCUCGUUUCCCGCCUUCGUCGGAUUCCAGGUGUUCCUAUCAUGAAGUGUGCCCGUGGAAAGUACGUUAUCGAGAGACUUCCCGACGCCCCGGUAUAA